GUUCACUGCCCGCGGAGCACGCCAUGGCGCUGUCAUUGACAUUUGCACAGUCGGCGACAUCCAGCGCGCCUGGGAAGGGUGCUCCGGUGCCUUUGGCAGGACAUGUGCGCCACAACAAGCCCUCCACAUGCGCAAUGUCUUUGCUGACAAGCGUGGCCGCCCUCGGUUUGGGCAUUUGUGCCCGAAAUCUGCGGAACAAGCAGCAUCACAAGAGGCUUCGAUUCCAAAAUGAGCCUUCCAGAUUGAAGAUGCGGGCGGAGGAUGUUGUUGGCCGGGCCGGGCUAUUUCGCAGCCUGAAAUGGUCGAUUGGCGGGCUUCUGGGGCGCCGAAAGUCUGGUGGCACAGCAACGCUGGAGAAGGGUGAGAGUGACAUGGCCACUUCGCCAGAGGAGGAGUUUGCUCGCUUGACCAAUCCAGAGCAGAACGUCGCCAUUCUUGGAACACGUGACUGCGCUUAUCCCCACCAGCAGGAGAUCGAGGCGCUUACGCAGGGCCAUGUUGAACGAGAGCAUCGCAUUUUUACUUCUGGGUCAACUGGCACAAAUUCUGCCGUGAUCAAGGCAGUGCUGGACAAAGGAAGGCCUGAUCUGCUGACAGUGGAACUUCCACAAAGCUUCGGAAAGCAAGAUGACGAUGUUCAGGCCCUGCUCAACCAAUGCAAAGAGGGUGGUGCAACUAUUCGCUCUCACCGAGAACGCGACCACAUAGAGUUGGCACAGGCAGCUGCGGAGUGUAACACACGCAUCCUGAAUCAAGUGAAUAGGCUGGUGGUAUUUGCCACUGACCGCUCUGACAAGUACCUACGCUUGGUGAGGGAGGCACAAAGCAGAGGAGUCGUGGUGGCUGCCUUCAACGUGGAAGUGUGACGCCGUCCGUGCAUGGCCCGAUUUUCCGAGAUGCUCAAUUAUGCCCUUGGCGUCCAUCAAGCAUAUUCCGGCAGUGAGUCAGGAUUCGGCUCGACCCAUC